UAAAAAUCAUUGUCAUUCUUUUAUUAUUAGUGAUUUUAUUUAAAUAAAUAGAAAUAAAUAAAAAGACAGUUUCAAUGUUGCAGUUAAAAGAAAACAAAAGUAUUAAAGACUUCGAUGGGUAUACGGUUAUUAUUCCUAGCAUCUGCGUGGGGAACGCCGCCCAGUUGGCCUGUGAUUUGUUAAUAUCGUCUAAAAAUCUUAAGCGGGUCGGUUCCAUACAUCAUCCAGCUCUAAUACCAGUUUAUGGUCCAUCUGCAUAUCAACAUGAACCCCAAGAGAAAGUUGCAGCCUGUGAACUAUACGAAAGCAGUGAAGAUAAAUUGUUAGUUUUCCAAUUCCGUUCGCCCUUUAUCUCCCGUCAUAUUAACGACUUUCAUAAGUUGGCCGAAAUUGUGGAGAAGGCCACUAGGGUGGUGAUACUUAGCGGUAGCUUUGGUUUUGAGAAACGUACAAUUGAAGCUUGUCCCUAUGAAUAUAAGGCAAGUGAAAAUUUCAAGGCAUCACAUGAGGAACAAUUGAAAUUAGUGAAAUGGAAAGAAUUUCAAGGUGAAAUGAUAUUUGGUGGCGGUAAUGCUCUGCAGUUGCAUCGUAUUUUAGAUGAA